ACUGCAGCCAUUCUUGUAGGUGUCGCAGUGCACGUACAUCUUAACGACAGGCAAAAUAAUCUGCAGUCUGUGAAGGUCCAAUUCUGUAUCUCAUCCAUCACAAGACCUCUGGACCACCAUGGAAGGUUGCCAUUUAUCCUGUUCGUUUUAUAACUGUAAUCGGACCUACAAUCACCCAGACGCUCUGAACAACCACCUGAAGGAUCAUCAUAAGACUCCUGCACAGUCCCUGCCUGGCAAGUCAUUCCUGUGCUCGACGAUAGGAUGUGACGGAUCUUUCGCCAGCAUGCAGCAGCUGAUGGAUCACAUGAGACAUCAUCACAAGCCGAAUUAUUUCUUCCUAUGCGAGAGUUGCAGAGCCAAGCUCCGCUCCUACCGCACUCUUCUCAAGCACCUUCAGACGUGCGCCAAGGUCGCCAAAAGCAAAGCGGCGAGAAUGGAGGGAGGUCCGACACCUGAUCUGGCUUCUGGUGCUGAUUCCGAUCCUCCAGGUUCUUUUCCUUCUGUGGGUGAUUCUCAGCAGAUGGAGUCUGAGCCCUCGCCACCUCCUCAAGGUUCACAACCGACCUCGGCUCCUCCGGCAGACUCUGUUGCUGCUUUUGAGCCCAUGAAGCUCCAGAAUCAGCCGGAUGCACCCUACAGCCCGUUUCCCCCCAGCCUUUCUCCUGCACCUGAUCCCGAGCCACAGCGCUCUCCCAGAGUCGGCCCGGUUGGCAUGGUUACCCCCUUACCACUCACUCCACCAGGAUCUAACGCCGUCUGGAGGAAGAACCAAGGUCAGUCAUUUAACAGUCGGAUCCUAUGGGAACACACCAGGGGGCGCUACAGCUGCCUUCAGUGCGGUCACUCCACCCCCGAGCGCAAAGAGAUGACGGCACACAUCGAGGGCCACCACAGGAGCCCGUGGGCCAAAACUAAUGACACUGGUAUCACCCAUGUUCUGCUAAUUAGUGGGUUCGGGACGUAUCGUAAUUUAAAAUAUAUUAUAUUGGCAUCAUAUGUUUAAGUUUGAAGCUGUAACUUGAGAUAGCUGCUGUUUUAAGCCCCACCCCCUCAUUUCUCAUGAGGCACCCUUUAAGCCCCACCCCCUCAGUUUUCACUAUAUACCCUUUAAGCCCCACCCCUCAGUUAUUACAAGGCCUCCUUAAGCCCCACCCCCUUGGUUCUCAUGAGGCACCCUUUAAGCCCCACCCCCUCAGUUCUCACAAGGCGUCCUUAAGCCCCAAUCCCCUUGGUUCUCAUGAGGCACUUUUUAAGCCCCGCCCCUUCAGUUUUUACGAGACUCCCUUUAAGCCCCACCCCCUCAGUUCUCACAAGUCACCCUUAAGCCCCGCCUCUUCUGUUCUCAUGAGGCACCCUUUAAGCCCCGCCUCUCGCAUUGUUAUAUAAGAUAG